AUGGCAGGACGUCACGCCGCCGGAAUGGAAAGCCCGCCUCCUGCGAGCCAUGUCGCAAAGACAAAGUCCGGUGUGAUCAUGGGCAUCCGGUCUGUUCCCGGUGUCUGCGGCGCGGCAGCACCACAUGCUUCUGCGGAGCCCCAAUCCGAACUCCGCGGGUCUCCUGAGGCUUUGUCGUCGUCGGGCUCGAGGUCAGACCAUUUGCUCUCAGCGGGAUACUUGGGACCGACCAGUUUUGUUUCUGUUUUGGGCGAAGGAGACGGUGCGAAUGAGCUAGUCCCUACCGCUGAUGAAAGCACUGCGGCGUCGUCUGUUCCAGGAUGGUGGGUGAAGAGAGCUACCGAGGUCGUUGGCCAUCUUGUGGAAUUUCCUACUCUCAAGCAAUCGAUACUGGAAUUCUACGGUGUCAGUCAGGCAGCCGUGAUUGCAGCGCCUUUCGUCCUGAAUGCACUCUCCCAAAUGCAGGACACCUACCAUGCGUACCAGCUGGAUCAAGGGGAGACAGAAAUUCCGGCGUUGGUUGCAACCGUCCUUGACAACACGAGGCGGAAAUUCAGUGUCCCCCCUACGGUGGACGGAGCGCACUUCCACAGGCUCUACACAGGUUCUAGCCUGCGUUUGGAGAUACUUGGGGUUGUUUAUGCUUUGGCAGGUCGAGCGAGCCAAUUCGGACUGGGGCGACCGAAGAACAAGCUCCUGUCCUCACACUUUGCGCGCAGGAUGCUCGCGGCGAGUGAUACCGCACUUGAAACGUGCAGAUAUCUAUCGCCUGUGAAUGACCUUACGCUCUGGCUACUCCACGAAAAUCUUCUUUUGUCCACGUUGGUCCUGGGUCAUUCGAGCUCAGUGACCUGGCAUCGGCUAGGUGAACUCGCGACAUGCAUUUUCGAGCUUGGUUUGCACCGGGACUCGGAUGAACGCACUGAUCUUCCGGACUUUCUGCUGGAGUCCAGACGCAGGCUAUUCGCUGCUGUCUAUCAAUUGGACAAGAGCAUUGCGACCUUCUUGGGCCGACCACCCCGGAUCUCGUGGAGACAUUCUGAUUGCCGCCUGCCUCUUGAUAUCAGCGAUGAGGCUCUCACUGGGAGUAGACAGCUUGCGCAAAAAUCGGUGACGGCGGAAGGGUGGAGUUGUCAUGCUGUCUACCAGCGUUCAGCCUGGAUCCGACUGCGCUUCCUCAUCAGCACGUUUCGGGAGGAAAUCUUGGAGCUGUCCUUGACAAAGUCCAGCGAGCAUCGGGACGAGCAAUUAAGUCAUCUUCACUAUACAGAGGACUGCUGGAACACUCAUCAACCGAUCAGUGUCAAGGUCAUGCUCAUUGUCUCAUACCUGGCGUUUCUCUACAAUGAGUUUCUUGUGCAGCGGCUGUUGGCUCUCAACAGCACAGAAUAUAGCACUGCAUUGGUCGACGUGAGUUCGACCAUCCUUUCAACGGUCUUGACCUUUGGCAGACAACAGGAAUGGGCUGUUGAUAUCCAUCGCGACUUUAUCUGGACACUUCUCCUCUACGGCUUCCCCAGCGCGAGUGUUUUACUCAAAGCGCUCCAAAUGCACGCCAGCACAAACCAGUUACCGAGCCUCUAUCCUCGAGGCAUUCUCGUUCGGCACCUGAGUGUCUUCAUCUCUCAUCUAGAAUCAAUGGCCGGACCAGGCACCGCCAACAACGCAUUUUUCAGCCGAGCGACUCGAGUCUUUUCCCGCCUCAUGGACGAGAUUCUCGCGCCCGAAGCGGUGACUGCAACUGAAACCUCUCCUGUAGAUUCCGUUGCUGAUUUAGACGUCUCCUUGUUUUCUGAUUUUGAGGGAGUCGGUCUCUUGGAAACGAUGGAUUUCGCUUCCGUCCUUGAUCAAGUCUUGUAUUAG